AGUUCUGUUCCUGUGUCCGACACUCCGCCUCCGACUCCUUUUCUCCAGCGCUACAGCGGUACCUCACCGUCAUAAAAACUGAAAAAAGACGAAGCAGAAGCUCCGUCGUAAAGGAUCAUGGACAUCAGUGAAAAUCUUCAUCUAGAGCGCCAGCAGUCAGUGUCCUGUCACAUCAAAGAGGGUGAAGAGGUUCAAUGUAUCAAAGAGGAGGAGGAAGAGGUCUUACACGUGAAAGAGGAAGAGCAGGAGGAAAGCAUCCAGGGUCCAGCCACUGGUGUCCAUUUUAAGAAUGAAGAUGAAGAUCAAACCGAGGAGAGAAGAGGGACGGAGCCUCCAAGAAGGAACAGCUCAAAUGAUGGAGAUCUUUGUGAAAGAUCACAAACAGAGAGUCAUGGUGAUGAUGAUGAUGAUGAUGAAAAACGUCACACUUCCAACAAAUGCUGGAAAUGUUCUCACUGUAGGAAAACUUUUACUUCUGUGAGCAAUUUCAACCAACACAUGAAAAUACAACCAGGAGAGAAGCCUUUUGCAUGCUCAGUUUGUGGUCAAAGAUUUGCUCGGAAGGACCACUUAGUAAUUCACCAAAGAACACACACUGGUGAGAAACCUUUUUCCUGUUCAGCUUGUGGCCAAAGAUUCUCCCAGAACGGAACCUUAAAAAUACACACAAGAAUGCACACUGGUGAGAAACCAUUUUCCUGCUUAGUGUGUGGUCAAAGAUUCACUCACAAGGAAGCUUUAAAAAGACAUGCAAGAAUACACACUGGUGAGAAAUCGUUUUCCUGCCUAGUUUGUGGUCAAAGAUUCACACGGAAGGGAGAUUUAAAAAUACACAGAAGAACACACACUGGUGAGAAACCUUAUUCAUGUCCAGUUUGUGAUGGAAAAAAAUUCACUAAGGACAGAAAUUUAAAAAUACAUAAAAGAACACACACUGGUCAGAAACCGUUUGGCUGUUCAGUUUGUGGCAAAAAAUUCUCCCAGAAUGGAAACUUAAAAAUACACACAAGAACGCACACUGGUGAGAAACCUUUUUCCUGCUUAGUUUGUGGUCAAAGAUUCACUCGGAAGGAAGAUUUAAAAAUACACACAAGAGCACACACUGGUGAGAAACCAUUUUCCUGCUUAGUUUGUGGUCAAACAUUCACUCGUACAUAAGUUUUAAAAAAACACACAAGAACACACACUGUUGAGAAACCUUUUUCCUGCUCACUUUGUGGUCAAAGAUUCACUUGGAAGGGAGAUAUAAAAUACGAGAACACACACUGGUGAGAAACCGUUUUCCUGCUUAGUUUGUGGUCAAAGUUUCACUCGGAACGGAGUUUUAAAAAUACACACAAGAACACACACUGGUGAGAAACCUUUUUCGUGGUUAGUAUGUGGUGACGGAUUCACUCAGAAGGGAGCUUUAAAAAGACAAGAAUACACACUGAUGAGAAACCUUUUUCCUGCUUAGUUUGUGGUCAAAGAUUCACUCAGAAGGAAGAUUUAAGAACACACACUGGUGAAAAACCUUUUUCCUACUCAGAUUGAGUUCAAAGAUUCUCUUAUAAGUACAGUAACCCCAUGUUGUUCGCGGUUAACGGGGAC